GAUUGUUCUGUAACCAAUCUUAGCUAGUAAUAAGAACAACUGAACACAUAAAAUGUGUCUUAUUGUUUACAAGCCGCAACACAGCGUAAAAGCUAACCAAAAGCUCCACGAGAAGUGUACAUACUUGCAGUUACAACUUAAUCCACAGGAGGCAGUAGAACCCGACAGUGGUAUCGCGCAGGUCUAGAAGAAGAGAAGAAGGAAUGUUUUCACACGAAUGGAAAUUCAAUGUUGUGUGAGCUGUCAGAUUAAAACGCCCUGUCAUCAUGGACAAAAAGAAGCAGUUUAAUGUGACAGCUUCCUCGCUGGUGGACCUGAAGGCAGAGCUGCAUAGGAAACAACAGUCGUUUCGACAGGAGAAGCUUACCCAGCCUGGAGGUUCUUCCACUACCAAAGGGGCUGCUGCCAGAGACAAAUCUAAGAAGCCCAACAUCUGGGCUAAGCAGAAUGAAGGCGUCUCUGCACGUGCUCAGAGGGAUGUGGAACUGAGUGCAGAGGAAGAGAACAAUCUGGAAAAAUCAAAAAAGAGACUGGAGGAGAAGGCCCGCCUGUAUGAACAGAUGACAAAAGGGGAUUUCCCAGAUGAGGAGACUGAGGGUCUCUUCCUGGUGGACUUCACCCAGAAGAUCAUAGACCAGAGGAGAGAUGCCCACACCAGCAGCUCAGGCACAUCCAGAGACCGAGAUGGAGAGGAGCAGGACAUACACGUACCAGUGCCACCCGCACAGAACCCAGACGAAGAAUGGGUGGAAUAUGUGGAUGCAUUGGGAAGAUCGCGGAAAUGUUUACGGAAAGACCUGCCCGACUUCCAGAAAAUGGAUCAGGAUUUUCAGAAAAACAGACUGGGGAGCGGUGACAAGAGCCUGCUGUCUGAGGACAUGCGCAGGGAGAACCAGAGGGAGCAGUGGGAGAGGGAGGAGGAGGAGGCCAUGAAGAGACCAGUGGGGCCCAUCCACUAUGAGGACAUCAGGGAACAGGAGGCGAGAGAGCUUGGUGUGGGCUACUUCGCAUUUGCUCAGGAUGAACUGGCGAGAAAGAAGCAGAGAGAAACCCUCGACAUGCUGAGGGACCAGACAACAGACCAGCGCAGCAAGCGAGAGCGUCUGAAGGAGAAGAGGAAGGCUCUGCUGCAGGCUCGACUGGCCAAAGUGAGGAUGAGGAAGAUGAAGAAGGGCAAGCUGGAUGGAGGAGAGGAGGACACAGCAGGUGAUGCGGUGCAGGAUGAAGAGGAUGAGGAUGAGGAGGGUGUUGAAGAGGGCCCUGAGCCUCUGUCCAUGCCCAAGGUGGAGGUGGAGGUGCAGGAGAGGAAGGACACCAAGCCUGGAGUUCCACACGUCAGGGAGUGGGACCGCGGGAAAGAGUUUAUGUGGAACCAGUGGGUGAGCGACCGGCGCGACGAAAGGGACUCAGAGUUUGCUCCACCUUCUGCAUACUUCAGCUCCCAGGGACGCUCUGGGGGCAGCGGUGGCAGCAGCAGGAUCUUCAGUGGGGAUGACCACAGCAAAGCCAAGCUGUCCUUCAAAUGGGGAGGGAGUGGAAGUGGGAGUGGGAGUGGGACACAAUCGCACACAUCAACAUCUCGGCAGCAUACGGCGUACAACAAAGCGCAGCCGUCAUCAAGCCACUCGUCAUCCGGUCCUCCCUCUCAGCCUCAGCGCCAGCCAACACAGCAGAAGCCUGAACAGAGUCUGGAUGACAUGCUAUCUUUCUACAAGAACUCUGCGUAGUUUACCAUCCUCAAACUCUUACCCAAAGCAGGGCUCAGUUGUUAGAGGGGUUCCACUGUUGGACUUUGUGUGCGAUAGAGACUAUUCCUCAAUCCAAACCCUCCUUGCUACAAGAAUUCUGCCGACUGGCCCCGUAUUUGAAACGGUAAACAUACUGUGUGUUUUUUCUCUCAGCUGAAAGAAAUUCCAUAGCUGAAUUUUUUUCACUGUCAAAUGUUUCUCUUCACAAUGGGUCUAGAGAGUAAUACUGUACAUCUGUGGAAUAUUAGAUUGUGCAAAGAAUAAAACAUAUAAAGACAUCAAGAUAUCAAGCCCAGUGGCUCUCUUAGGAGUAGGAUUGCACGCGAGACUAUUCCUACUGUACUACUUUCUGCCAAGACACUGUAUGCAAUUCAGGAAGAAAUCCACUAUAGCAUAUGUUUCACUGAAAUAGAUUCCACACAGUGAUGGAAUACUAAAUUUAUAUAUAUA